AUGUUCCGCAUAAGCAACACCGUAGUCGGCGCGCUCAACAUCCUCACCCUGCUCCUGGGGGUGGCCGCCGUGGCCUCCUCCGCCUACAUCCACAUCCGCGGCGGUUCCGACUGCCAGAAGGUCCUGCAAGUGCCGCUGCUCGUGGGUGGCGUCUUUGUCGUGCUGGUCUCCGCAUUGGGAAUCGUGGGGGCGCUGUGCCGCGUCAACGUGGCGCUCUACGCCUACCUUUUCGUCACUUUGGCGCUUAUCGUGGGCCUCGCCUUCUUCACUGUCUUCACGCUCUUCGUGACGAACAGGAAGGUGGGGCAGCAGGUUUCCGGGAAGGGAUAUGGCGAGUACAGGGUGGCAGAUUUCUCUCACUGGUUGCAACGCUACGUCGUCAACAACAAGAACUGGGACGAGGUGAAGAGUUGCUUGAUGGACGCGCACGUGUGCCAGAACCUCGCCCUCAACGGUGGCCGCAACAAUGACUCGCUCAUUUUCAAACACCUAUCUACCACUCAGUCUGGUUGUUGUAAACCACCGGUGUAUUGUGGGUUCAUAAUGAAGAAUGCUACGUUCUGGGAAGUGCCAAAGAAGGGUCCAGCAGUGAAUAGUUCUGACUGCACAACAUGGAACAACGGGGAAGACAAACUGUGCUACGAGUGCAAUUCAUGCAAGGGAGGAGUUUUGGCCAACAUAAGGAACCAAUGGAGACGCCUCACUGUAUUCAACGCAUGUGUGCUUGUGCUCGUCACUGCCAUAUACUCCUUGGGCUGCUAUGCCAUCAAGAACAACAGAACCGAUUCACGCUGGAACCACCGCAAAACACCAUGUCCUUGA